AUGUGGAACCAUGCACUGCACACUCGCGCUCGCCGGCUGUCUGCCGGUGAGGGAAGGAAGCGUGGAUUUGAAAGCUUGUGUGAGAGCGAUUCGGAUGAGGUGUCAGCAUGGCUGGACUCUGAUAGUGACCAUGAUGCCUCAGCUUCGACUGUGCCCCCAGCUAAACAGCCGCGCACUGGGCAAGAGCCACACGAGAGCUCCAGCCUACCGGUAGCCCAACAGCAGGCCAUAUCCCCUCAAAUGGCCUCUAGUGCGUCUGCCUUGCCUGGCACGCAUCCUCUGAGAGGUUGGACAAUUGACUUUUCCGAUCGCGCGCAUUGGGUUGUUAGCGACAAUUUUAAAGAGAUCCAGGCGGCCGAAGCUCUGCUGCAGCUGUCAACGAGUACUUCGUCUGUGGAGGCCGCCGGUGGCGGGGCCCGAGAACAAGACAACACUAAACUUAUGAGAAAAUUUAACCCCAGAAUUGCUGGAUGUGAAUGCUGGGCUACGGCAAAGCCGACCGCGUUGCUGUGUAGUGCACACGACCACCUUGCAAAGCCCUCACUCACCCCCGAGGAAUUGGAGAAGCUAACAUACGAUGCAGAGCGGUUAUCAGCAUUCCUUGCGUACGAUAUACCUCCCGAAGAAGACACUCCUCUGCUUAUUGUUGCGGAGUACCUAGGGCUCCGCUUCCUGAUUAUGGACGUAAUUGUGGCCACUCUGCAGUUACUGGGGGAGCCAGCGAGCGGUACUUGGUGGGAGAGAGCUACUGGCAAUAUCCGUCUGGAAUUCCCUUGCCAGCGGGAAAUGAUUCUUCACUUACGGGUAAAAACUCACUAUGACAAGACGCUUUGUCGGCACCUUACUGCUGCUUUGCGAGUGUUAGUAUCAGGGAGGCGUCCUUCAGAAGAAGAUCUUCUCAAGAUCAAGCGGAUGCUUUUCUGCUCGCACCACUCUCCACGACGUUUUAGAGGUAUUUUAUUUGAGAAAUGGCGACGUGACGAGGAGGAGUUCCAUAACCACAAAGAUCCCGCCUGA